AUGAAAGAGCUUAGAGAAUUGAAGCAUUUUCUUGGUCUAGAAUUGGAGCGAACCAAUGAUGGGAUAUUUCUCUGCCAACAGAAAUAUGCCCAAGAUCUUUUGGAUAAAUAUGGAAUGCUUGACUGCAUGCCUAUCUCAACUCCAAUGGAGGUUAAUGCAAAACUACGUUCGGCAAUAGGCAAGGAGUUAGAAGACGUGACAAUGUAUAGACAAUUGAAACCGAAGAAACCUCACCUGGAAGCUAUUAAGCGAAUAUUGAGAAAAUUUAAAGUUGUUGGAUAUUAUGAUGCUGAUUAUGCUGGAGAUCUUAAUACACGUCGAUCAACUACUGGUUAUGUGUACAACUUGGGUUCUGGAGCAGUUUUAUGGUGUAGUAAGAGAUAA